UCGUUCAUCACAGUUCACUACUGAUCUCAUUGAAGACUUAUCGUCUCUUGACAGCUUUAAUCCUUCUUUUAAGGUGUUUAUUUUAAGUAGUAUCAAGGUUUAAGUUCAAACAUCCCCAAGUGUGAUCAAAAUGAGUGCCGUCAACAAGAAAACUGAAGCCGCCGUCGUCGUCGCCGCCGAUGAGGAGCAAGUCGACGCCAAGCAGCCGAAGGGAGUCAAGCGGCCGUCCGAAGGAAAACCCACGGAACCGAAAAAGGCCAAGAAGGACGAACACGUUGCGGCAGAGGAAGAUGACGAAGCCGACGGUGAGGAGUUGGAAGGCGAAGAUGAGGAGUUCGGCGAGGAGGAGGAAGAAGACGACGUAGAAGCUGAUUACGACGAAGAGGACGAUGAAGAUGAAGGGGAAGAUGAGGGCGAAGGCGAGGAAGACGAUGGUGCGGGUGAGGAUGACGAUGAUGAUGAGUAAUGAUGAAAUAAAGGCAGCUUUUGUAAUUGUAAAUAA